ACCCAGGAGAAGAUAGCACAGUCCUAGGACCACCAGGGCCUCGAGGUGAACCAGGUCCAAUGGGGGAACAAGGAGAGAGAGGAGCACCUGGAGCAGAGGGAUAUAAGGGUCAUGUGGGUAUACCAGGACUAAGAGGUGCCACUGGACAACAAGGGCCCCCAGGCGAGCCAGGUGACCAGGGUGAACAAGGACCAAAAGGAGAGAGAGGAUCUGAAGGUCAUAAGGGAAAAAAAGGAGCUCCUGGUCCUUCUGGGAAACAUGGGAUUCCUGGACUUCCAGGCCUUCCUGGGCCAAAAGGCUUGCAAGGAUCCCAUGGAGCAGAUGGUGUUUCAGGAAGCCCUGGAAAAGUUGGGCUACCAGGAAAACAAGGACUUCCUGGCAUCAGAGGCAACCCAGGAAGAACAGGACUGGCCGGGCCUCCAGGUCCUCGAGGAGUAAAGGGCUCAUCAGGCCUGCCAGGAAGCCCAGGAGUUCUGGGCCCAAAGGGUGAACAAGGGCUACCUGGCCAACCUGGAACACAAGGUAAUAGAGGUCACAGAGGAGCACAAGGUGAUCAAGGACCAUGUGGAGAGCCUGGCCUGAAGGGACAGCCUGGAGAACAUGGUGUUCAAGGCUUGACAGGUUUCCAAGGAUUCCCAGGCCCCAAAGGUCCUGAGGGGAAUGCUGGCAUUGUUGGAAUAUCAGGCCCUAAAGGUCCUGUUGGACAGAGAGGAAACAUUGGUCCCCCUGGUGGAGAAGGGAUUAUAGGUCCAACAGGUAGAACUGGACCCAGAGGUGAAAAGGGCUUUAGAGGGGAAACUGGUCCUCAAGGUCCAAGAGGUCAACCAGGGCUUCCAGGUCCACCCGGAGCACCAGGCCCAAGAAAACAAAUGGAUAUCAAUGCUGCUAUUCAAGCCUUGAUUGAAUCAAAUACCACCUUACAGAUGGAGAGUUACCAGAAUACUGAAGUGACUUUAAUUGACCACAGUGAAGAGAUAUUCAAAACUCUGAACUACCUUAGCAAUUUAUUGCACAGCAUCAAGAAUCCUCUGGGCACACGAGAUAACCCAGCACGAAUCUGCAAAGAUUUGCUUAACUGUGAACACAAAGUAUCAGAUGGAAAAUACUGGAUUGAUCCAAAUCUCGGAUGUCCUUCAGAUGCUGUUGAGGUUUUCUGCAAUUUCAGUGCUGGUGGCCAGACAUGUUUACCUCCUGUUUCUGUGACAAAGUUGGAGUUUGGAGUGGGGAAAGUCCAGAUGAACUUCCUUCAUUUACUGAGCUCUGAAGCCACCCACAUCAUCACCAUUCACUGUCUAAACGCCCCAAGGUGGACAAGGGCACAAGAAAGUGGCCCAGGAUUGCUUGUUGGCUUCAAGGGAUGGAAUGGCCAGAUUUUUAAAGAAAACACUCUACAUGAACCAGAAGUGCUUUCAGAUGACUGCAAGAUUCAAGAUGGCAGCUGGCAUAAGGCAACAUUUCUUUUUCACACCCAGGAGCCUAAUCAACUACCAGUUGUCGAAGUACAAAAACUUCCUCAUCUCAAAACUGAACGGAAGUAUUACAUUGAAAGCAGUCCUGUGUGCUUUCUCUAA